GUGUGAACGCGUGUUGUAAAAUCAAGUUACGGGAUGGAUCCUUGUCUGUGUUUAUAUUUAUCUCAUGUUUUUGUUUUAUGAACCACACUGCUCUAACUUUUUUACAAAAUUAUCCUGUGUUCUAACCUCGUUCAUGCAUGUGACUUUAAUAAUUUAAUUUCACUUCCAGUCAGCCGUGUAUCGAAAGACGGCAAAGAAAGAAAUCACCUGCCAAAGUCAGUAAUGUCUGUCCCGCAAUCGUCGUUGAAAGGAAUAACACGAGAGAAACCCGGUGGAACUAGUCCAAGCCCUGUCGAAGGCGUUGAAGGAAUUCCAGGACCGAGUACUUUGGAUCCAAUAAAUUGUUCACUGCCACAAGAUGGUGAAUCCGAAGAUUACGGCGACGAGGUAGACGAAGCAGAAGCUGAGAGUACAGAGGAAGAUAGUGAGAUUAGUGACACAGGACUGUUUUGUGAUGCUGAGUGCGAUGAGGAAAUCGAAGAGAGCGACUGUCAAUCCCCUAUUUUACGAUCACAACCCCCUUUACAACGAGUUCAAAGUCCAAUUUUACACACAUGCGUUCCUUUGGACGUUGUGCAACCACAGAAAAAACGAAAAAGCGAAGCAGAGUCUAAUUUACCCUGUAAAAAACUCGGUGCCGAUGAUAAGUGUCAUAUAGCAAUUGCUCGUAAAUUAGAUGAUAAAGGUAAACCUGUAAGAUUCUUGAUACCCACGAAAGAUAAUCCACCGCCGGAAAUGAGUAAUUGGCUUUUACAAUUUCAGAGGUGGUCAAAUGCAGAGAGAAUGUUGGCAAUUGAUGAAUUAAUAGAGAGAUGUGAACCAACGCAAGUGCGUCACAUGAUGCAAGUGAUUGAACCACAAUUUCAACGUGAUUUUAUUUCAUUAUUGCCAAGGGAAUUAGCAUUAUCGGUAUUGGCAUUUCUUGAGCCGAGGGAUUUAUUGCGUGCGGCGCAAACAUGUCGCAGUUGGCGUUUUCUUGCCGAUGACAAUUUACUUUGGAAGGAUAAAUGUCGAGCGGCCGGCAUUGAUGAUCUUAAAGAAUCGCCAUCGUCGAAGAGAAAAAAUGGACGUACAUCGGGUGGUAAUAGUUCGUCACCAUGGAAGCAGGCGUAUAUGAGGCAGCACAAUAUUAAAAUGAAUUGGCGAACGAAACCAAUCCGUCCACCAAAAGUUCUCAAGGGCCACGACGAUCAUGUCAUUACUUGCUUACAAUUCUCUGGGAAUAGAAUAGUCAGUGGAUCGGAUGACAAUACGCUUAAAGUGUGGUCCGCCAUCACUGGAAAGUGUCUGCGAACAUUGGUUGGACACACGGGCGGUGUUUGGUCGUCACAAAUGUCGGGAGCGACGGUCAUCAGCGGCAGUACGGAUCGAACAUUAAAAGUAUGGAACGCUGAUUCUGGAUGUUGUAUACAUACGUUGUAUGGACAUACAUCGACAGUGAGAUGUAUGCAUCUGCAUGGGAAUAAAGUUGUCAGCGGCAGUAGGGACGCAACUUUACGAGUAUGGAAAGUCGAUACAGGCGAAUGUCUACACGUGCUAGUGGGACAUUUGGCGGCUGUCAGAUGUGUGCAAUACGACGGUAAACUAGUCGUUAGCGGGGCUUACGAUUACAUGGUCAAGGUCUGGAAUCCAGAACGAGAAGAGUGCCUUCAUACUCUCCAGGGACACACGAAUCGUGUUUACUCGCUUCAGUUUGAUGGUGUCCAUGUUGUGAGCGGUUCUCUUGAUACGAGCAUUCGAGUUUGGGAGGUUGAGACCGGUGCAUGUAGACAUACAUUAAUGGGUCAUCAAUCCCUCACUUCCGGUAUGGAAUUACGUCACAAUAUUCUUGUCUCAGGUAAUGCGGACUCAACAGUCAAAGUUUGGGACAUUGUCAGCGGUCACUGCCUACAAACGCUUUCCGGUCCAAAUAAACACCAGUCAGCAGUCACAUGUCUUCAGUUUAAUAGUCAUUUCGUGAUAACGUCCUCCGACGACGGAACUGUUAAACUGUGGGAUGUUAAAACUGGUGAUUUCAUAAGGAAUCUCGUAGCAUUAGAGAGCGGCGGAAGCGGUGGUGUGGUGUGGCGAAUUCGAGCGAGUGAUACAAAACUCGUGUGUGCUGUUGGCAGUCGUAAUGGAACUGAGGAGACAAAACUUCUUGUUCUCGAUUUUGACGUGGAAGUGAAAUAAGUUUUUGAGGGUGAGAGAAAACACAAAACAAAAAUCUAAAUUCGCUACGUGACUUUUGUAAAUAAUUUUAAAAAAUACUAGGUAGCUUAACCAAUCUACUGUACAAUGUUUUUCAUGUAUUAAGUGGUGUGAUUGUGAUAAGACUGCACAUGAAAAAUCCGGAAAUGCAAGGUAAGCGGCAUUUGGAAAUAGUCGUUUAAUCAUCCUUGUGUCUUUUUGUGACGCAGAUGGAGAUUAAUUUUACCGAAUUGAAAAAAGCAAACAACAAAAUGUGAAAUGUACCUAUCGCAGUGUACAGAAGAAAGAGAGGAAAAAAAAAUAUGAGACUCAAAAGACUCGAAGUUAAUGAGAGGAGUUCGGAACUUACAAGGUUCAUUAUUGCUUUAUAUCGAGAACGAUAAUGGCGAUAUAAAUCCAGGCAAGUUUUUGUUUUUUUUUUAUAUAUAAAUUGUACUGAAGGUUUAUGCGGAAAUUUUAAUUGUUUAUAUUUACCACACAGACUUUGCAGUAGUUUUGACUCUUUUUCAAUUUUUUUUUUCUUCAGACGAACUUCAAAAUUACAAAAAAUAAAUCGACUUGGUGUCAAAACUAACGCAAAGUCUACUUGGUCAUUUGAUAAUUGAAAGGGAGAAGGCAGGGGGUAUUUUUGUGAAAUUUUUUUAAUCCGAAUUUCCAUUGGAUCGAAUUUUAUUGAACUUUGAAUUGAAUUUGUUGAAUUGAAUUUCCAUUUAAAUAAAUUUUAGAUAAUAUAUUAAAUGGAAAUUCGACAAUUGACAAAAUCUGCCAUAUAAAAAUUCGGAAAAAAUAUAAAUUAUAUAAAAUACUAAUAAUAAUAAUAACAAUAAUAAUAAUAGUAAUAGUAAUAAUAAUAUUAAUAAUAAAUAGUAGGUAAUAAUUGGGCGCUAGGAAAAUUCAGUCUUGUGAAAAUCGAUUCAAUCGAAAUUCGGAUUGAUUUUAAGAGACAAAAAGUUAGUUUCAAUUUUCUUCUAUAAGAAUUAUUUAGUCAAAAAAGUGUAAAAGAAUUUUUAUUCUAUUUUUUAUUACUUUUCUUCUCUUAUGAAGACUAAAGUUUACGUUUCUAAAUGUAACUUUCAAUUUGUUAAAAACAAAAGUUUGCUAAUUAACAAAGUUUGAAAACUUUUCUUUUUUAUAUUGGACUAACUUUUUGAUUCGUUGUUUAAUUCGUUCUUAAGAAGUUUCGAGUAAUUUCAAAUUCAAACUAAAAAUAAUGUGCAAAAGGGAAAAUGAGCCUUUGAAAAAACUAUUAUUUUAGAAUCAUUUCUACUUAUUUUGAAUUAUUUUUCCCUUUCACUUUUAGUUUAAAAACUAAUUUCUGUUAUCGAAUCUUCUUAAAUUAAUUAAACAAAUAUUUGUAAAUAGGAAAAAAUUUAUUUCACGUAUUUUUUGAAGAUAUUUUUUUAUUCAGAAAAGUGAAUAUUUAAUAUUUUUUUUAAAUUUUCAUAUAGUAUUUUGAAGAAAAUUAUACUGACAGGACAUUCGUCCAAAUUGUUCGUUCGGCUGUUACGUUUAGUUAAAAGAAAGUAAUUAAUAUUUGUCUGUCAGUUCGGUUUAUAAAUUGAAAUUUGAAAUUAUUCUGAUUUAUUCCUCUGAUAAUAAGAGCAGUAAUUUUUCACGCUCAUAUUUUUCAGUUGAAUGCAAAAUUUUGAUAAUUAAUGUUCUAAUAAUCGUAAAUACAUUGCGUUUAAUGUAUAUUUAGUUAAUUGUGUCUCGGGAAAAGAAUAUUUUCGUUUGAAAAAAUAGAAUAUAAAAUUUUCAUGAAAAAAUAAUAACUGCCUUCACAGUAAAGAUAUUUUUUUUUUUUAAUACAAAAUUGAAAAAGUACCGAGGUAGGCGAAAUGAUAUUAAAAUGGACAAAGGUGUAACUUACGUUUGAGAAAAACAUGUCACACGUGUGGAAUAGUUACACUGUUUUUACUUUACCAUUUUGAUUAAAUCUAGUUAAUAUUUAUUAACAAUUUAACUGUUCGUCAUCGUUUUACGAUGAAAAUUGUUAUUUUUUAUUUAAUAAGUGCUUUCUGAGUAAAUGAAAAAAAAUAGUAACGAAUGAUUUAGAAGAACGCACAUUUUUUUUUUCAUACAUACAUUUUCUAUUUAUAUUUAACGUAAAUUGUAUAUAUGAAAAAAAAUUUCUUUUUCAUCUGAAUGAAUGAAUCAUCCAUUCGAUUAAUAAUUAAUUAAAAUAAUCUCAUGAUUGACUUGCAGACAGAAUAUGUGUGUUAAAAAUUUAAAAUUUUAGAAUUUUAUAGAACAUCAAAUAGAUAUUUCGAAUGAAAGGACUUUUAUUACUUUUUUUUAAAAAGAAAACAACAGUCAGUGGUGUCAAAAAAAAAAUCAGGCUACUCUUCCAUCUUUAUAUUUAAAAAAUAAAAAAAAAGACUGUUUAGCCUGAAAAAAAAGUCUGUUUAUUAUAAACUUUUUCUUUUUAUUUUUAAAUGUCUGCAGGUGUGACAUGGGAUUAGAAAAAAAAUCAUUUGCCUCUUAUUUAUAAACUCAUAUCGUAACAAUUAGGAAUCGAAUGCAAAUGAAAAUGAUUUUGUAAUGUAAAAAAUAAUAAUGCAAAACUAUGAACCUUUUGAGUCAAUAUCAGUGAUCGAUUUAUUCACAAAGCUGAGAAAAAAAGGGUUUUUUGCAUUAAAAGAAAAACGACGUUUUUAGGAAACAUCUGUGAAAAAAUAAUAAGUCUGGUUUCGCCAUGGUCCAGUAAUGAAAGUUGUGAAAUUUUAAUUAUUUUUGUGCAAUACUGUCACGAAUUGCCAUUCGACUAACAAAAUAAUACAAAAAUGAAGUAAUUAAUUAAACUCGAUGGAAAUUAGAAUUGAAAAAAAAAUAAUUUAGUAUAUUUACCGGGUAAAUUAAGUUAUUUAUUUAUUAUAUAUAUUUUGGAAAAUGCAGUUCGUGCGAACGCUUCUUUUAUUACUGGAUCCAUGUCACAUGGUUGGACCGUGUUUUAUUUGUAUAUUGCUCAAUAGUUUAUAAUUAUAAUAAUGUGUUAUCUGUUGUAUCAUUUUUUAUAAGAAAUAGAAAAUGUUGCUGCAUUUUGCACUCGCAUUUAUUUCUUAUGCAAUUAUUCAGGCGAAAAUAACCGUUUAAUGAAAAACGAAUAAAAAAACUUUUUAUAGAAAAUAAA